AUGGGUUUUCACUGUAUGUUCAUCAUCUAUCUUGUAAUCUUACUUCCACUUUCCAACUCUUAUGAAUCUGCCAUAGCUGAUCAGGUUGAGUUCUUUACCCUCGUGAAAGAUUCUCUUUCAGGGACCUCUUUGAUUGAUUGGGAUGAUAAACCCAUCUGCAACUACACAGGUGUAAUCUGCGAUAAGGAAGGGUACGUGGUGAAGAUUGAUACUUCUGGGUGGUUGUUAUCUGGUCGUUUUCCUGAAAAUAUUUGCUCUUUUCUGCCUCGAUUGACAAGUCUUCAUCUUGGGUACAACAAGAUCCAUGGAGACUUUCCUCGAAGCGUCACCAACUGUUCACUGCUACAAGAGUUGAACAUAACGUAUACUAAUCUCACCGGAAAGUUGCCCGACUUGUCACCGAUGACAUCUCUGAGGUUGCUUGAUCUGUCGUUCAAUUUCUUCACAGGUGCGUUUCCCAUGUCGUUCAUAAACCUCACGAAUCUUGAAGUUGUGAACUUCAACGAGAACGAAGGUUUUGACCUAUGGAACCUACCGGAGAAUGUUUCCAGGUUGACAAAGAUGAAAUCAAUGAUCUUGAGUACUUGCAUGGUGAGUGGUCCGAUCCCCAAAUCCAUCGGAAACAUGACGUCACUAGUUGAUCUUGAAUUGAGUGGGAAUUUUCUAGUGGGUUCGAUUCCUAGAGAGAUUGGUUUGCUACAAAACUUGCAGAAGCUUGAGCUUUACUACAACCAACUAGUUGGUCGGAUUCCUGAAGAGCUCGGGAAUCUAACACAACUCACCGAUCUUGACAUGUCUGUAAACAAGCUCACAGGCAACCUUCCGGCAACCAUCUGCCGCCUACCGAAACUGGAAGUCCUCCAGCUUUACAAUAACAGUCUCACCGGAGAGAUCCCACCAGUGCUCGAGAACUCGACAACUUUAACCAUGUUGUCUCUUUACGAUAACUAUUUAACCGGAGAAGUUCCACGACAUCUCGGCAGAUCAUCACCUCUAAUCCUAAUAGACUUGUCGGAAAACCGGUUAACCGGAGAACUACCACCGGAGGUGUGCAAGGGAGGUAAGUUACUUUACUUUCUAGCACUUGGCAACAUGUUUUCUGGGGUCUUGCCAGAAUCUUAUGGUAAAUGUGUCUCACUUAUACGUUUUCGACUUAAUUCUAACCAUCUGGAGGGCAAAAUACCGGAUGGAAUUCUAGGACUCCCAUGGGUCUCCAUCAUUGAUCUAAGCUACAACUUUUUGAAUGGUUCGAUAGCUCAAGAAAUCGCGAAUGCUCGGAACUUAUCCGAAUUGUUUCUCCAGAAUAAUUCGAUCUCCGGUGUCAUACCUCCUGAGAUCUCUAGAGCAUUCAAUCUAGUAAAGAUUGAUCUGAGCAACAACCUGCUGUUUGGUCCAAUACCUUCAGAAAUUGGCAACUUAAAAAGACUCAAUCUUUUACUGUUGCAAGGAAACAAGCUGAACGGUUCCAUCCCCAACUCACUCUCUUGGCUAAAAUGGCUGAAUUUUGUUGAUCUGUCAAGGAAUCUGUUGACAGGUGGUGUACCAGAAAGCCUAUGUGAUUUGCUUCCAAGCUCCAUGAACUUUUCAAAUAACUUUCUUUCUGGGCCAAUACCUGUGUCAUUCAUCAAAGGAGGACAGUUAGAGAGCUUUACAGGCAACAAAGGACUGUGUGUUUCUGUGUACCCAAACAUGGCAUCUCAGAACUUCUCCAUAUGUUCACAGACUUAUAACAAGAAGAAAGUGAACUGUUUUUGGGUGAUCGGGGUUUCGGUUGGGGUUUUGUUUAUCGGAAGCAUCCUGUUUCUAAGGCGUUGGUUUAGUACAGAAAGAGAUGUUGUGAAACAUGAUCAGGAGACCACAUGGACGUCCUCAUAUUUCUCUUACAACGUGAAAAGCUUUCAUCAUGUAAGCUUCAACCAUCAUGAGAUCAUCGAAGCCAUGGUCGAAAAGAAUGUGGUGGGUCAUGGAGGGUCGGGAACGGUUUACAGAAUCGAAUUGAGCAAUGGGGAAGUUGUUGCGGUGAAGCGGUUCUGGAGUCGAAAACUGAAAGAUGGUUCUUCAGAUGAUCAGCAGUUGAUGGACAAAGAACUGAAAAGUGAGAUUGAGACUCUAGGGAACAUAAGGCACAAGAAUAUAGUGAAGUUGUAUUGCUAUUUAUCGAGCUUCAAUUGCAACCUGCUGGUUUAUGAAUACAUGCCAAAUGGAAGCCUUUGGGAUGCACUGCAUAUAUGUAAAUGUGAUUUGGAUUGGCCGACUCGCCAUCGGAUUGCGGUUGCUGUAGCGAAAGGGCUCGCCUAUCUUCACCAUGAUCUGCUGCCACCGAUUAUUCACAGAGAUGUCAAGUCCACAAACAUCCUACUCGACAGAAAUUUCCAGCCGAAAGUUGCAGACUUCGGCUUAGCCAAGAUCCUCAAGGGUAGAGAAAAAGAUUCGACUACAACCGUUGUUGCGGGGACAUAUGGUUACUUAGCACCAGAGUAUGCAUAUUCAUCCAAAGCAUCAACCAAGUGUGAUGUCUAUAGUUUCGGGGUGGUGUUGAUGGAACUGAUAACUGGGAAGAAGCCAGUCGAAGCCGAAUUUGGAGAAAACAAGAACAUUAUAUAUUGGAUUUCAACCAAAGUGGAGACAAAGGAGGGCGCAAUCGAGAUUCUAGACAAGAAGUUAUCAGGGUUUUUCGCGGAUGAGAUGAUAAACGUACUCCGCAUAGCCAUUCUUUGUACGUGCAAGAUAGCCACAGUUCGUCCCAGCAUGAACGAGGUUGUGCAAUUGUUGAUCCAAGCAGACCGUCAUGGAUUCGAUACUUGCAAGUCAUCAAACAACACGAAAGAACCCAAUUGAUGGAUUCGGGUUCGAAAUGAAUUAGUAUAGCAUAUUUUAGAGCAAAUUGUCAUGUCCAAAACCUAAUUAAGACAUUUGUAAAUAUAAAGUAGUAUCAUGCAACUAAGCAGAUAAAUUAUCACUAUAAUAAAAUUAA